GGACUUUUGCGUUAUAAAUAAUAGGGAAGGGUAAUGCAACAGUCCUCCACAACAAAUUUGCCUUGAAAAAGCUCUCAACUAUGGCCACCCUCAUUGCUCCUGCGAACUCCUCUCCUGUUGAAGAUGCUGAGGCUAUCAGAAAGGCUGUCCAUGGAUGGGGGGCUGAUGAGAAGAAAAUAAUCUCAAUUAUUGGUCACAGAAACGCAGUUCAGAGGAAGCUAAUCAGGCAAACCUACGAGGAGACUUAUCAAGAAGAUAUGAUCAAGCGCUUUGAAUCAGAGCUCCAUGGCAACUUUGAGAAAGCAAUGUUCCGAUGGGUUUUGGAUCCAUUUGACCGAGAUGCUGUGCUAGCUAAUGUGGCCUUGAAGGAGUCGAACCCUGAUUACCAUGUGAUUGUCGAACUUUCAUGCAUCUACUCUCCUGAGGAGCUACUAGCUGUGAAACGAGUCUACCAGGCUCGUUACCACCAUUGCCUGGAGGAAGACCUCGCCUCUCACAUCUUUGGUGAUCUCGGCAAGUUUUUGGUUGCCUUGGCGGGAGUCUAUAGGUAUGAUGGUGGCGAGAUAGAUCCAAGAUUAGCGAAAUCAGAGGCUGGUGUUCUUCACAAUGCUAUUAAGGACAAGAAUCAUGAGGAGAUAACUAGAAUUGUGGGUACAAGGAGCAAGGCUCAGCUCAUCGCGACUUUCAACUGCUACAAAGACGAAUAUGGCGCUUCCAUCACCAAGCAUUUGGUGAAUGGCCCGGCCAAUCCCUACUCAGCUGCAGUGAGUACAGCAGUCCGAUGCAUCAAGGACCCGAAAAAGUACUAUGAAAAGUUACUGCGAGAUGCGCUGCAUAACCACGGGAUAGACGAGAAUGCACUUACUCGGGUGAUUGUCACGAGAGCUGAGAAGGACUUGAAGGACAUCAAGGAGCUUUACUACAAGAGAAAUAGUGUGACCCUUGAUCAUGCAGUUGCCAAGGAGACUUCUGGCGAUUACGAGGCCUUCCUUCUUACUUUACUAGGGAAGGAAGACUAGUUUUCCAAAUCUCUCCUUCUAAAAAUUUCAGUUUCUGAACUAGCAUGGGUGGUUUUUGGUUGUGUUUCUUGUGCUGGAAAACCUUGUCUGCCUUCUUGUAUUGAAUUGCUAUGUUGUUGUAAUGUCGUUUCUAAUAAUAUUUCAGUUUGUUUCAUUA